AUUUCACCAACAUGGCUGCUCACGGAGAAAAAGAUAUUACUGCGCACGAUAAAGCUAUACUCUCACAAAUUUUCAAUCCUAAUCUACCAUUUUCCGAAAGUAAUGAUGAAUAUGACACGGCCAGUAUCAUAGACAUAGAGCCACAAAGUACGUUAGAAGUAAAGGAAGCAAAAGAAUUGGAGGUCAAAGGUGUCAAGGAAGCUGAAGAAGAAAAUUAUGAUGAAGCUCUGAAAUAUUUAAACCAGGCUGUCAACAAGGCUCCGUCCUGGGCCUCUACAUACAACAACAGAGCUCAGGUUUAUAGACUUAUGGGUCAAAAUGAUGAGGCAUUAGAAGAUUUAUCUAAAGCCAUUACCUUAAGUUGUGGUAGAGGUCAAGCUGCUAAACAAGCUUAUACACAGAGAGCAUUACUGAGAAAGUUAGCAGGCAAUGAUGAAGAUUCAAUGACAGAUUUUAAAAAAGCAGCUGAAUUGGGUAAUGAGUUUGCCAAACAGCAAGUAGUAUCUGCUAAUCCCUAUGCAGCUAUGUGUAAUGCUAUGCUGAGUGAAGUUAUUCACAAGAUUUGUAGUGGAGAACAAUCUUGUCUGUAAAGUUAGUGAGUAUAUAGUGGGUGAUUCUGUAAUUUGCAGACUAAAUGAAACUAGGUUGUGGUAUUUUGUGGUUUGAAGAUAUUUUUAAAGAUGUGUAUUUUUAUAUCUACUAGAAUUUUACAUAUGAGAUUAUUUUUAUGUUAUACUUUUUUUUUCCUUUAAGUAAAUGGUUUAUUGUAAAGACUCAUAAUUUGAUAUGAUAAAAUUAAUAUUUUUACAACUAAAUCAGUAUUAUGUAUAAGUAUUAAUAAUGAAAAGUAAAACACAAUGUAAUAUAAAGGUUUAAAUAGAGUGCAGAGUGUAAAUAGACACUCAAAUUUUUCGUUAACAAUUUAGAAACCAAUCCCUUUCUGGAGUGCUACUUGUCAUUAUUGAUUGUUCUUUAAACAGUCUGAACAGAAAACAGAAACCUGUCUAUUUAUACAUGAAAAGGAGAGGAUUUUCUGAACCUGUUAAGGGAACCACCAAAGCAAAACAUUAGAUUGCUUACCUUUUCUUCAAAACCCUUUGAUGGAAAUUGCAAAAUUAAAAAAAUAUAGAACUCUUGAUUUGAGCAGCGUCUGUCAUCACAAGAGACAUGCUUCAGGUCUCCUUUAUAACAUUAUAACAUUGAAGAAGCAUAUCAGGUGGAAGUAAAUAAUAAAGGAUUUCCUUUGUAACCCCUUUCACACCACUUUGCCUUGCUCUUAUUUAAUUAUGCCUGAGCAUUCAACUUAAUGUUUUCUAUCAAAUUUCCUGUUCAUAAAAUACAUAUUAAUAAAAUACAUUACCUUCUGAUCUUUCAAUAGAAUGUGAGGAAGAACUGUGUAUGGUUAGGCUUUUAAGGCUGUAUUUAUAACAUAUUAUAAUCCCCCCACUCUAUCUUUAUAAUAUGUAAUAAUAUCAUUGUUGUUAUUACUAUCAAAAUAAAUAAGGUCUUUUCUAUUGAAUUUAUUUUGUUUUUUGCCCUUUAGAUAAAAGAAAAAAAUCUAAUAUUUGUUCUGUAAGUAACCCAUUUAUUAAAUGAAUACUACGUCUUAGAAUGAACAUAAAAUUUAAGAAUUUUAAACUUGAACUUAGGAAAAACGCGUCAAAAUUUGUUUGUGAUCACAAUAGAGACUACAGUUUUGAACUGAUUUUAAUGAAAUUUGAUGUGAUCAUUUAUAUUGAUGAGAUCUUGGUCAAGUUCGAAUUUGACGAUAGUUCGAUCAAUGGUUUUUGAGUUAUUGCACUUGACUUAGGCAAAACGUGUCAAAUUUGUUUGUGAACACAAUAGAGACUACAGUUUUCAACUGAUUUUAAUGAAAUUUGAUGUGAUCAUUUAUAUUGAUGGGAUCUUGGUUAAGUUCGAAUAUGACGUUCCUUUGAUGAACGGUUUUUGAGUUACUGCCCUUGACUUAGGAAAAACGCGUCAAAAUUUGUUUGUGAACACAUGAGAGAUUACAGUUUUCAAUUCAUUUUAAUGAAACAUGGUGUGAUCGUGUAUAUUGAGGCGAUAAUUUGAUGUAUUUGGGUUAUUGAUAUUAAUAUUAAAAUUUCUUUAAUAUGAGAAAAUUCAUACUUUAGUCACUAAAAUGUUUUAUCAUUUCUGACAGCUGCCAGUGGGCGUAUGUUACCUUGUCUGGCAAGCUAUCUUUCAAUAAUUACAUAGUUUUAUGAAUUUUCCAAUUUUCCAGGGAUUCUGUUGUAUCUUUAUGAAACCAGGUAAGUUCACUGAUGAAUAUAUACUCAAAUUAACCAUUCUUGAGAACAUAAAUAUUAUGUUCAGUUUAAGACGUAGUAUCACUUUAAGAUAAUAUUCCAAUGAAAAGUAGUGAACACUACAAUGAGACUCAGUGAAUUGAUAAUUGCAUUGCAUAUUUUUAAUGCUUCAAAUUGUCUUAUUUACUGCUCGAUUUUUAUGAGAUUUGUUUAAUUAUGUCAACCAAAGAUAAUUUGUUAUUUUAUAUUAUAUCAUAUAUAACAAAUAUAUUUUAAGAAAUGAUCCAUGAAAACACUGAACAACACAAUGUUGGAAUUCUCAGUGAAUGACCUAUUGAUAUAUUAAUCAUUAAUAUAAUGUUCAUAGAUUUGUGUCAGUAAUUAAUAUAUAAGAAUAAUAAGAUAAUAAAGUAUUUCAUUCGAA